CUCAUGAGUUGUCCUACCUUUAAAGUAACGAUUGGAGUUCCCAUCUUUGGGCUUGCAUUUACCUCAUCGAACCAGUUAAUUUUGGGUGGAGGUGGAGGUAAUACUCGCUCAGGUGUCAAGAACAAGUUGUCUUCAUUUAAGGUCGAUGUGCGUAGAAAGGAUCUAGAGGAAGAUGCUACUUUUGAAUUUGAAAAGGGGGAAGACGCGCCCAUGUGUUUAGAUGUUCAUCCUAGACAAGAUUAUGUUGUUACAAGUGUAAAUAGCACAGUGGAAGACAUGAUAGCCCGCAAGAAUACAAACUGCCGUCACUUCAAAAUUGCACACGACAAGUUUGAAUUAGAAAAGGCGUUGAGCACAUUGCAAAGUGAAAAGGAAGAGGACUAUCAAAAGGUAGUACGUUUUAGUGAGGAUGGUAGUUUAGUAGCUACGGGAAAUACAGAUGGAUAUGUCAAUGUGUUCAGAUAUCCCGAAUUCGAAGCGAUUUGUGAACCCAUUCAGGUUUCAACAGAUGAUGAAGUAUUGGAUGUGGAUAUCAAUCUUGAAAAGGAAAAAUUAACGUGUGUCUUACGAGACGGUUUAAGAUUGAUUAAUUUACGUGGCAAAAACGUCGGUCAGACUGUGCAGACAAUUUCUGCUACCACUGUGGUUAAAAACGAAAAGACGCAAUUCAGGGCCUUUCGCUAUGGUCGGGGUUACACAAAGGAUUUUGGUUUUGCUGUGGUGAAUGGUAUUACAAAGCCUGGUGCUUACAUUGUCAAAUAUGAUGCCUAUUCAUUCGAUCAAGUCAAGAUAUCCAAAGUCAGUUCGAAACCUAUCACUGCGUUUACGAUUGGACAAGAUGGUGCUGUAUUAGCUUUUGCUUCAGCUGAUCUCAGUAUAACUCUGUUGGAUGCUCAAACACUGAAAGUACUUACCAAAGUAAAGGACGCUCAUACGUUUUCAAUCACAAGUAUCGCUAUUAGUCCCGAUAGACGAUUAUUAGCAAGUGCAUCUGCGGAUACUACCUGUCGUAUUGUUUCUCUCCCACUUCAAUUCAACAAUGCCUUGUCUAUUAACCCAUUGUAUACACUUUUGUUGGCAUUGGUUGUUGCAGGUCUUCUCCUCUUGUUGAUGUCGGUGCUUGAUCUGGAUCCUUACUUUAAAGCGAGAGAAGAUGCCUAUAAGAACCCUGUCUCCGCUGAAACCACAACUACUACUACUACUGCUGACAAUGUAGCCACAUUCUCACCUUCUGCCACUAUUGAAGCUAUCAUUACUACGAUUAUUACUGAAACACCUACAUUUGUUGAACACGUUUUUGCAAGCAAAGAUGAAUUAUAAAAAAUGUUUAUACAACAACAACAAUAAUAAUAAUAAUAAAAAAAGAGAGAUUUAAUAUAUGUAUAUA